GGGACUAUUUAUGUAUCUCUUUGAAGUAGAAAGUUGAAGUCGUGUUUGGGAUUUGCUUAGAGGGGCGCCCCACUGAGCUCACCCUCCCGAUCGAUCGAUCGAUCAGAUCAGAGGCAUCAUCAAUCUGAAUCCAAGGAUAUGAUGGAUGUGACAUGGCUCAGUGCUAUCUUAGUUGGGGCAGGAUGCCUUGCUUUGGGUUUCUUCGUUGGUACACGAAAACCCACCAAAACCCUCAAAACUGCUUCUGCUGCUGCUGCACUUGUAGUACGUGGGGCUAAACCACCCCUUGAGAUUGAAAAACUUGCUGAGAUUAUUCAAGAUUUUAAGAUGGUUUUGGUUGUAAGAAAUGACCUAAAGAUGGGAAAAGGGAAGAUUGCUGCACAAUGCAGCCAUGCAACUUUGGGUCUGUAUAAAAAGAUUCUUCACCGAGCACCCAAAGCUUUAAGCAGGUGGGAGAUGUGUGGGCAGGUUAAGGUGGUCGUCAAAAUUGAAAGUGAAGAUGAUAUGUUGGAAUUACAAAAAAGAGCAAAAUCAUUGUCUAUACCAACUCAUAUCGUCAUUGAUGCUGGUAGAACGCAAAUAGCACCAAAUUCAAGGACAGUGAUGGCAGUUCUUGGACCAGCUGAUAUGGUUGAUGAUGUAACUGGUGGGCUGAAGCUUUUGUGAUCAGUGGUCUUUUAAUCCAGAAGCAGCUCAUUUUGGAGUUGGCAAAUCUUUUAAUUUCUAUUUACGUUUUCUUUGAUUAAACCAUGUCACACUAAUGAUGAUGAUGAUGAUGAAGAAGAAAAAAACUUUGGUUGUGGACCCAUAUAUAGUGGUACAUAGCUUUACAUGAAUUAUUUUACAA